AGCUCCUAACUCACAAGUCACUCUAGUACCAACACAAAGAGCCACAGUACCCACUUCUUUGCCAGCAGUAACAUCAACAGGUACUUCUCAGACAAUGGGUUCCACAACUAGUAGUACCCAGUCUUUAUUUUGUGAGGAAUAUACCGAUUCGUCUUUCCCUGAGGGAUUUGGUAUUGGUAUUGUGACAGGUUUAUUACUAGGCAUGAUAUUGGAAUCUGCGGCACUACUUUUAUACUGCUUCAUGAACAAAAGAAAGUUGAAGAGAGAAGGAAACAUUAUAGUAGCUGAUAGUGGAGGAUAUCUCACUCCUCAAAUAUCAUUACCGCCAACUAACACAACACAAGGUCAAAGUUCAAUUGAAAUAAAUCAUUAUGCAUCGCUUGGGAACACGCUGCCACAACCAGCCUCAGUUUAUGAACCGUUAAAACUAUACGAGAAUUACAAUAAAUCGAGAAAAUAGAACUUUUAUCUGAGUGGUUUCUUUUUUUACUUCGACCUGUGCGCCAAUUCUGUUUUGUCCUGUGAAAAUUCAGCAAAUAUUCGUCGGAUAGUAAUUCAUGACCACUAUCAGACCCUAGUAGAUUGUGACUGACUUUUUCAAUUAGUUGAAGAAUUUCAAUUUUGACUAGUUGAAAAAAAAAUUGACUAUGCAAAUAAAUCUAUGUGCUAAUCAGUUAUUAACUAUAUAAUUUUAUGUAUAUUACAUAUAUUAUGCAGAACAUACUUGAAUGUAUUCAGCUAACUGUUCAAUAAGAUGCACUGGUCUACUGGUCUAGAUCCCAGGUCUAAGAUCAUAACUCUAAAUUACUGAAAUAUAGUUAGAUGUAUAUUGCUUUGUUAUUUUUAUGAUGUUAUAUUGUUUAUGUAUUUUAUAGUGAAUAAACUUGAUUUCAAUUCAAAUUUU